UACCAGAUUACAGCAGGCUCAUUCUUCUACAUGAUCGGGAGUUUGUCCAUUUCGAGUAGUUUUUCUCGUCAACUUUUUAAACAUUCUUUUUGUUUAAGAGCUUCUUUAGUGCGAUCAAUUAUGGUCGGGAAUAACGAGAUUCUUGAACGUGUUGAAAAGCGCGCCAUUGAGGCAGAAGAAAUGGUGGAAUUGUUAAAAGGACAUCUUGACUGCCUUCAGAGAGCUGUAGAUAAAAAUCAAUCCCCCAGCUCUCAGGCUAAAAUUGAGUCAUUGAGGAAAGAAAAUCAAAGACUUAAAGAAGAAGCUGCAAAAUUGAAAAAAGAGCUUGUUUACUGUGAGGUUAGAAAUGGAGUAAAGCAAGUAGCAUUACCAUCAGCCAGAGAUACUGCUCCACAAAAACCUACACCUGCUGCUACAAAUGAUGCACCGGCUGCUGUUGCUGCACCGGCUGCUGUCGCUGUACCGGCUGCUGUUGCUGCAUUGGCUGCUGUUGCUGUUGCUGCUUCUGCAAAACAACCAGAGAAGAACCCAGCACAACAAGGAGAAAAAAAGAAGGCAGAGAAGAAACCUAAAGCUGAAAAGGCUCCAAAACAAGCAAAGAAAGGUGAUGAUGCUAAACUUGAUGCAUCAAGGUUCAACUUCAUUAUUGGUAAAAUCAACUCCAUCAGGAAGCACCCUGAGGCUGAUACAUUGUUUGUGGAGGAAAUUGAUGUUGGUGAAGCAACUCCAAGGACAAUUUGCAGUGGUCUUGUUGGUCAUAUACCUAUGGAGGAUUUAAAUGGAGCUAUGGUUGUUAUAAUGGCCAAUCUCAAACCAGUAAAGAUGCGUGGGAUCUUUUCCCAAGGAAUGGUGAUGUGUGCCCUAGCUGAAGGAAAAUGGUCAGUGGUGCUUCCACCCAAGGGUGCUGUACCAGGAGACAGGGUUGUAUUUGAUGCUUUUCCAGGAACACCCGAUGCACAGCUUAAUCCAAAGAAAAAGGUCUGGGAACAAUGUGCUCCUGAUUUCAAGACUGACGCAGAAGGAAUUCCAAACUACAAGGGAGAGCCAUUUAACAUCCCUGGCAAAGGAAUCUGUACUACUGGUGGGGUCAAGAAUGGAGUAGUCCGAUAAUUAUUCGUAGGGCUUUAAUAGUAUGUGCAACUUCUUAGACUAAAAUCAAUAAUAUUAGUAGUAAAAAUGAAAAGCAAUAAAGUCAUACAAAACAA